CUUCAAACUCUCAUAUUCUCUUCAACUGGUUUUACAAUUUGCUUCCUUUUCAUACAUUGUAAAACUCACUCCCUGAAUCACCCACAAAAUGACCGACAAAGACCUUCCCGGAUUCCCUGCACUGGAAGGGUUUGAUGCCCCAUCCGGAACUGCUGACAUCGAGGAAACCGAUGGUCUUGACUUCGCGCAGCGUGAGGCCAACGCGGGCCUGGCCGGCGAUUUUUCGGGGCAGGUCCCAACCAAUGCCGAUGACGACGAUGACCUACUAGGUGGUGUCAAUAGCGAACACGCUCAGCAAGUAGCCAAAUUCGAGGGUUCUUUCCCCGGCGAGGACACAUAUGCACAGAAUGAGAACGUCGCCCCUGGAGGUACAAUUACCGGCUCCGGUUCCCCAUUCCCCCCGACUGGAUACCAAAGCCCACCUCAGCCCGACGACGAAGGCGAUGCUGUUCGUGAAUGGCGUGAGAAGCGCGACGCUGAGAUUGCCCGCCGCGCGGAGGUAUCAGCCGAGAAGAAGGAGGCUACCGUGCAGAAGGCUCGCGAGAACAUUGACGAUUUCUACGUUUCCUACAACAACAAGGCCGAAAAGCACCGUGCCCAGACCAAAGCUGAGGCUGAGCAGUUCAAGAACAGCCGCGAGGACACCUCUGCUGGUGGUACCAGCUGGGAGCGCAUUGCCAAGCUGGUUGAUGUGUCUGGAAAGGGCAACACUGGUGGUGCCAGUGGCUCUGGCAAGGAGCGCUUCCGUGAGCUGUUGAUCGAUUUGCGGAAAGACCAGGAGGCUCCGGGCGCCAGCGGGAUCUAGGCUGCUUCAUUUUUGUUUCAUUUCAGUUCACCAAGAGCAAUAAGCGAGGGACCAUGGGUACAGGGGUUGCUUCGGGGCUAGGCAGCGAGUGCUACUUUUCAUCCACACCCCGGCGCUUGCGAGGUAUUUGGUUCCCUGUUUCUUAGCUUACACACAUUAUCUGGAGAGGUUUAUUUUUU